GGACGACUCCAAGGAUGAAAUGGCCGGAGAGCUGGACUUCAGCGGGCUCCUGAAAAAGAGGGAGGAGCAAGCGGAGGAGACGAGGAGGAAGAAGAAGGACGAUGAAGAAGACACCAUCCCCCCCGAGAUCUGGGAGCUGCUCAAGGGCGUCACCAAGAAGAGCGAGUACGAGCGCAUCGCCUUCCAGUACGGCAUCACCGACCUCCGCGGCAUGCUCAAGCGCCUCAAGAAGAUCAAGGUGGAGCCCAAGAAGAGCGAAGCCUUCAUCCGGAAGCUGGACCCGGCCUACCAGGUGGACAAGGGCAACAAGAUCCGGCUGAUGGUGGAGCUGAGCAACCCCGACCUGCCCCUGAAAUGGUACAAGAACGGUCAGCUGAUCAAACCCAGCAACAAGUGA